AUGGCCCCCGCGCGUAAAGGCGCGUGGCUCCGGAGCGCGCUCGCGCACCACCACCAGCACGCGCACGGGCACGCGCCCGGGCACGCGGCGGAGAACGCGGCGGUGGUUCUGGGCACCGGAAUGGACCAGUACCUGCAGGAGGUCUUCCACCACCUGGCCCUACCGGACCCGGGGGGUACGGUGGCCCGCGAGGACUUCGCCGCGCUCUGCGCGCUUCUGGGGAUCACCGGGACCGGGACCGGGACCGGGGGGCAGGGGGGGGAGAGGAGUCCUACCGGGACCGGGACCGGGACCUGGGAGACGGGUCUCACCGGGACGUGUGUCCCCGGGACCGGGAGGAGGGAUACGGGUCUCAUCAGGACCGGGACUGGGACCGGGACCUGGGAAACGGGUCUUACCGGGACCGGGACUUGGGGGCAUGGGGGGGAGAGGGGUCUGACCGGGACCGGGACUGGGACCGGGGGCCGGGACACGGGUCUAACGGGGACCUGUGGCCGGGAGACGGGUCUAACCGGGACCGGGGGGCAAAGAAGGGACACGGGUCUCUCCAAGACCGGUACCAGGACCGGGGGGCAGGGCCGGGAGACGGGUCUAACAGUUACCGGGGACCGGGACACGGGUGUUACCGCGACCGGGACCGGGACUGGGGACCGGAAAGGGGAGAUGGGUCCUACCGGGACUAGGGGCCAUGAGACGGGUCUAACCGGGACCCCCCCGGGGGAGACGGGUCUCUCCAAGACCGGGACCGGGACUGGGACCGGGGUUCAGGACACGGGUCUCACGAGGACCGGGACCUGGGGGCAUGGGGGCGAGAGGGGUCUCACAGUUACCGGGGACCGGGAAAUGGGUCUAACCGGGACCGGGACUGGGACCUGGGGAGGGGAAACGGGUCUCACGAGGACCGGGAGGAGGGAGACGGGUCCUACCGGGACCAGGGACCGGGACACGGGUCUAACCGGGACCGGGGGGCAAAGAGGGGAGACGGGUCUGAACGGGACCGGGACUGGGACCUGGACCGGGGGGCAGGGGGGGGGGGCGGGGGUAACCGGGACCGGGGCUGGGACCGGGAGCGGGGAGACGGGUCUAACCGGGACCGGGACCGGGACCUGGGGCCAGGAAACGGGUCUCACGGUUACCGGGGGCCGGAAAGGGGAGACGUGUCUCAACGGGACCGGGACCGGGGACCGGGGAGGGGAAAGGGGUCCUACCGGGACCGGGGGGUGGGAGACGGGUCUCUCUAGGACCGGGACCGGGACCGAGACCCGUCUCCCCUGGACCGGGGACCGGGAUACGGGUUCUACCGGGACCGGGAUUGGGACCAGGGGCCCGGAAACGGGUCUCACAGUUACCGGGGACCGGGAGACCGGACAGGAGUUUAGGGGAGAGGAGGAUGAACUAAGUGAGGAGUUCAGAGACGUCUGCUCCGGGUUACCGGACCGCUUGACUUUUAAAGACUUCCACGCGCGGCUCUGCGGGUUUUUCCGCGUGCGCGGCGGCCGCGAGGGGCGCGUGCCGGUGUCCCGGGAAACGGAGCUGGUGCAGAGGCAGGUGCGCGUGCGCUGGCCGCGCGUGCGCAGGAGGAAGUGCGUGAGCUUUGGACCCGCAAACAGACCCGCAAAGAGCCGGGAGUCUGAGGAGGUCUGGGCUCUGAGGGAGCUGGUGGAGGAGCUCCGCUGCGCCCUACAGGGCAGCGACGCCCGCUGCCUAGCCCUGGACGAGGUCUGGGCUCUGAGGGAGCUGGUGGAGGACCUCCGCUGCGCCCUGCAGGGCAGCGACGCCCGCUGCCUAGCCCUGGAGGUGGCCCUAAAGCGGAGGAGCCCGCCCCACCCUAACCCUAACCCUAACCCCAACCCUAACCCUAACCCUAACCCUAACCCUAACCCUAGCCCCCUCCUGAGGGAGCUGAGGCUGAUCCGGGCCUCCCGGGACGGGCAGCUUCAGGAGGCCAUCCAUUACAGCCGGCGCCUGGAGGAGGAGCUGCUGGGGGCCCAGAGGGAGGAGGAGAGGCUCAGGAGGGAGAACAACCAGAUCAGGGCUAGGCAGCGGGCGUCGCUGCCCUGA